AGAUUUGACUGCAGUGGAACGGGGAAAUCAGACGGAGGAAAUUUGAAUAGGGGAAGGGAGCGGACUGUGCAGAUUGGGACUUCGAAGCACAGAAGCGCAGAACCUCGACGGAGGUCAGCGUCGGAAGGAAGGAAGAGGAGCAGCAGAGCAGAGUACAGACAGCCCUCGACAGAGCGCUGAGGAAUUCGACGGCACUGCGAGGGCAGAAGUGCGGAGCGAAAGAGUGUUGGUGCUCAUUUGGGCGACAGCUUCACGGAUCCAUGUGCGAGAAAGUACUUGGAUUGCCCGGGGCCAGAGAUGGAAGCCGAAGUGGAGGGCAGAGUGAAACCUUUGCCUUACAAGGUGCGCAGCGUGUCACGGGAAUCGGCUGCGCAGAAGGCUGCACAUGUUUUAGACCCCGAUCUGCGCACUCAUUGGUCCACCUCCACCAAUACCAAAGAAUGGCUCGUUUUGGAGCUUGAGGAGUCAUGCCUUCUGUCACACAUCCGAAUUCAUAACAAGUCCGUGUUAGAAUGGGAGAUAUCCAUUGGGCUGCGCUUCAAGCCCGACACAUACUUGAAGGUCAGGCCAAGAUGUGAGGCGCCUAGACGUGCUGAAACUUACCACAUAGGUUUACAACCAUGCUGCUUUGUACGAAUCGCUUGUCUCCGGGGAAAUCCGAUUGCCAUUUUUCACAUCCAGUUGAUGGGCAUCCCUGUUCCUGGAUUGGAACCGGAGCUUCAACCGGUCGUUGAUCAGGUCUUGCCACACAUCAUCGCACAUAUCCGAGAUCCUCAUGACAUCUAUCUCCAGCUACUACAGGAUAUCUCAAGCCGACUCGCCGCUUUUCUGCCUCAUCUUGAGGGGGAGCUGGCUGUUAGCAAUGAAGCGAUGGAAACUUCUAUUCGUUUCUUUGCGAUGCUUGUUGGUCCAUUUUACCCUAUUUUGACAGUUCUUGGAGGAAGAGAGAAUGAUAAGUCAGGUAGCAGUGGUAUGGAAGCAGAUACUGCAAAAAGCAAUCAAGCCACGGUGUUCACUGUGUCUUCUAACUUUCAGGCUCCACCUAAAAGGGUGCGUAGUCCUGGACUUUCACAACAACCGGCCGGGCACGCGUUGGCGUUGCGUCCAGAUGCUGUUUUACUCCUUCUAAGAGUUGCUUACAAGGACACCUGCUUGGGGAACGUUUGUCGAAAGGUCGCCAGAAUUCUUCGUAGGCUGAGUGGAUCUGCUCCCUCAGGAGACAACUCACUGUCUGUGGGUGAGUCUGCAGUCGCUUCGAGUGGUUCGACCGUCACAGGAUUCGAUGAUGGUUCUGGCAAUUCCGAAGCAACUGCCAUGGCCUCUUUCCUGUUCGACUAUUCCUCCAUCUUUGGAGAAGAAUUUAGACCGUAUGACGAUGAUGGAUUGGAGAUCAACCAUCUUGGGAUUCUCGACGUAGCUGCUGUGGAAGAAGGAUUCCUCCAUGUUCUCUAUGCGUGUGCUUCACAGCCCGUGAUGUGUAGAAGGCUGGCUGACUCAAAGUCGGAUCUGAUUCCUGUACUUCCGUUCAUACAAGCCAUGCUUCCAGCUCUGCGUCCACUCCCAAGUUUAGCGGCAGAUGCGGACCAGGUCGAUGAGACCUUUUGGCAGUGGCAGGCUCCUACAGUACAACGAGCUGUCACGCAGGUUGUGGCGCUUUCAUCUUCGCCGUCUUAUCGACCACUCAUUGACGCUUGCGCAGGCUACCUUUCUUCCUAUUCACCUGCCCAUGAGAAGGCAGCAUGUGUUUUAAUAGACCUUUGUGCUGGCCCGCUUGCACCAUGGCUUUCCAUGGUUGUCGCGAAGGUCGAUCUUGCCAUUGAGCUCUUGGAGGAUCUGCUCGGUAUUAUCCAGGCAGGUCAACAAGAUACUUCGUAUGCACGUGCAGCUCUGGUGUACUUGAUGUUGGGUCUUUCUGGAAACGUAGAUGACGUUCUAUCUCAGUAUAAGGAUGUGAAACAUCAUGUACUCUUCCUUGUAGAGAUGUUGGAGCCUUUUUUGAUUCCAGCAAUAAGUCCUAUGAAGAGCACCAUUGCUUUUGGAGAUGUCUCUGCUGUUUUGCUUGAAAAACAAGAACAAACCUGUGCUUUGGCACUAGACCUUCUCCACACUGCAAUCAAGAAGCCUGCAGUUCUUCCUGCCAUGGAAGCUGAAUGGAGAAGAGGACACGUGACGCCCAGUGUAUUGCUGUCAAUACUGGCACCCCAUAUACCCUUGCCACCGGGAAUAGACCUUCGAAGAAGUUCAGGAGAGAGAAGUUCAUUUCAUGCUUCGGAGCCCGUUCAAGAAUCGAAUGGAACCGUUGGCACUGAAACUGUGACCAAGUUCGGUACUACUGAAGAUGAAGGUACCAGCAAGGGAGAGGUCUCUGCUGAUGGAAUCACUAAAAGCGAUCUUACGGAGGAUCCUAGUCUUCUCUUUGCACCUGUGGAGUUAAGGAGCGUAACUUUGCCAAGCGUAGCGAGUCGUUUUGAAGGCACCUCCCCCGACUCACAGAAAGUUAUGAACUUCAGUUCAAAAGUGGAUGCGAAAUUAGUUGAUUUGAAAGGAUCAAGCGUCGAAAGCAAGCUUGUCUUGGACCCAGUAAAUGCUGAAGACUACUUCAAUCUUCAAGCAGAGUAUUUGCAGCUUGUGAAAUCACAAGAACGGGAACUGAGGGCCAUGGAAUUUGUCCGUUUUGCUAUGGAGCUGCAUUCUCGAAGAGAUGCAAGUAAAGAAAGCCAUCAGGCCGCAAUUGAUGCUCUUCUUCUUGCUGCUGAGUGCCAUCUGAAUCCCUUCUUCAUGGUUCCCUCUACAGUUUAUCAGCAGCAAGUCGUUCGAUUUCGGAAGUUGAAUGACUUGGUUCAUUUGACGGACAGUAAUAAUACUGAUAGAAGGAUACAGGAUAAGGACAGAACCGGGCUUGAAGUAGUCCUUUGGCUCGAGGAAGAACGCGAUAAAGCCGUUCUUCGAAUUCUCUUGGAAGCUGCUGAGUGGGAUAGCAGUGUGGAGAAUUUGUUCACGGAAGGUUCUACUGAUUCCGAUUAUAAUUCUGAGACUUCUUGUGGUGUUCAUAUCUACAAAGAAGAUGCUCAAGCUGAGGAUGCCAUUACUCUUGUUCGUGAACAUCAGGGGUUGCUUUGUGCUUUCUUGAUUCACCAGUUGAGAAGAGAGAGGCACAAUAUGUAUGAAGUGCUGCUGCAAGGGCUUCUCAUAAUUCUAGACUCAGCCACAAGGCUAUCUUCCCCUCCCGAAGAGAUUAUUGAAGUCAUACUCCAGUGUGCGGAACGUCUUAAUAAUUCACUGAUUUUAUAUUACAGUCAAGUCCGGGAUGGAACUGUUGCCCCAGAGGCAGCAGUUGCCUACGGAAUUCGAAGACAGUGGGCAUUGUUGCGAAGAUUGGUGCUUGUCGCAAGCGGUGGAAGAUCUAAUGAGUACGAUGAUGAACUUGCUGCCCCGAGAGGUUGUGUGUUACAAACAGCCCUGAUUCCAGCUUGGGCAUGGAUGUCCAAAAUCCCAGAUUUUUCGUCUUCAGCGUUUCCACUUGUGCGAUAUGUAGGUUGGAUGGCUCUUUCUAGGUAUGCAAAGUUCUACAAAGAGACUGGCCUUCCCCUUGUUUCUGAUAUGCAGCAGUUAACGAGUUUGCUUCUAGUAUAUUCUGAUGAGCUUUCUUCAGUAAGUGGUUGGAAGCUUAGAAAGACAAAAGAGGAGGAUGUGAUGAUAGAAGCUGCCUACAGAGUUGCAACAAGUGAUGGCCAAAAUCUUGAUCGUGGAUCAAAUAGUGAUCCAUCUGAUCAAAUUGACCCCGGCGGUCUAGUGAAAGCCCUUUAUCCUGAACUGGAUCUGGUGUUUCCGCAGUUGAGGACCCAGUUCAGUCAAUUUGCUAAUGCAAUGCUAGAAUCGGUCUGUCAGCUGCUCAAGGCUGUUCCUUCAUCCAGCAUACCAGACUUGCUCAGCUGGUUUUCAGAAGUUUGUUCAGAGCCCUUUCCGCCAUCUGUUAAAGGAUAUGGCCUCGCAAACGUGAAAUACGUCAUUGUUUACCUGCUUGAGGUUAUAGUAGUUGAGCACAUGGAGGCCAUAGUACCUGAGCUGCCAAGGAUGUUGGAGGUUUUGUUAUCUCUAUGCUCUAGUUCAUACAGUGAUGUGCCUCUGCUGGAGUCUGUGCUUGCUGUGUUGAAACCUAUCAUAUCGCAUGCGACAUCAACGGUGGCAACCGUAGAGGAUUAUUCACCGUCGCUCGGACCCGGAGCAACCUUCGAAUCAUUGUGUUUCGAUGCCAUGACGGAACGGCUGAAGGCUGUUACCGAUGGCAAGGAAUCGGAAUCCAGAUCUACUAGUGCACUUUUACUCUUUUUGGCCGGUUCGCUUCUCUCUGAUUUGUCCGUAGGGAGGCGCAUUGAGCUCAUUAAUUCUUUUACAGGAUGGGUGAACUUUACUGCAACAAACUCCACUACGGUUUAUCACAAUUAUCUUCGAGCAUUUCAAAAGAUUCUGGAGGAGUGUUGCUUGCUGUUGCAAAAUUUAGUUGGAGAAGCAAAUUUCGUUCUUUCAGACGAAAAACCACCUGCUCGGAAAACUGCCACCCAAGCCCUUUUUGCCCUCACGGCUCCUGCUUUUUCCACUCCGACAUCGACGCAACUUGGAACACCUGUAUGUUUGGAGUCUGGAGCUGACAAUGAAGAUGUGGAAGCGGAGAAUGGCAUACCGGAGGAUGAAGGAGCUGUCAGUUUGUUAGACAACCAAGAUGACCCAGCAGUACUAGGUGAAGUUGACAAUGAAACAACCCCGGAAGAUGGACAAGGUUCCGUUGACGAUGGUCUCACCAGCCAAGACUUGGAUAUGAAAUCCAAUUUGUAUGGAUCAAGUGCUGAAAUUCAAGAGUUUAAACAGAAGUGUACUGAUCUGGCCCUUGCUCUUGGAGCUGCUCUCGAAGUGUGCUGGAGGAUACAUCCCAUCUUGUGUCGUAAAGUCGCUGAGCUGGCAGCUAAAUGUAUUUACUUCUCUAGCUUCGAGGAGACCCACGGGCAAUCCUGUCGUGAUGGUGUUACUGCCGAGAAAGAUGAUUAUCUGCUUACUACUACUUUAGGAGCUGUAAGUGAUCCCCUUGAAGUUUUAGCUCAAAAAGCGAAAUAUUUUCAGGAGGCCCACUGCUGGCAGGUGGCGACUGUCACCAUGGAUUUCCUUCUAUCUCUCCCCACCGCUUCGUCUGCGGCCGGGGCCUUGAAGGGGAUAUGUGCUGCACUUCAGUAUCAGUGCACUCAUGCCCCGAGGGUUGCAUGGAGACUACAGACCAGCAAGUGGCUGGUGAAAGCACUUCCACUGGCGGAAAAGGAGUCUUUGAGCUCGGCAUCCAUCCCUCUGAUUGAGCUCCUCUGUGUUAUGCUCGAGCAUUCUGAGCCGGAGCAACGGCUGGGAGCCUUGCAACAGCUAGGGAAGCUCAUAAAAACUGAUCUAGAUUACAUCAGCAGCCGAGAUAUGAUUGCGGAUGAUUUUCUGAACCGACAAUCACAAGAGAGCGUCACACAGAAGAGCUUCGCGCAUGUACUAGUGGCAUCAACAUGGGAGAGAGUAACAUCUACGGCCGCGUGUGAUCCAUCGCUUGGCUUACGGAAAGAAGCUUUAGAGCUUCUGCUGAAGUUCGUAACUUUAGCCGAGCCGACGCAGUUGCAGUCAUUCUUGCGAUCGAGUGAUGCAGUUCUUCCAGCUUUGACUAGCUCAGCGGCUAGCAUGAACUCUGGCCCCCUUACACGGCUUGGGUUGAUGGUUCUAAGCAGGAGUUGUCUCUACUCCUCUCCCUCAGACAUCAGCACCAUACCUGCAAAAGUUUGGAACAGCAUCGAGCUCAUGGCUAAUGCGAAAGCGGGAGGCGUGUUUGCAGAAGCUGAGCGCUCCAUCUGUCAGGCUCUGUUGCAAUUACGUGAACACGGAGAGGCUGAAAAGCAGGCCUUGCGAGAUGUCUUGUCAGGCAAGGUGGAGAAGCAAAGCUCUCCAUCUAACUUUGCACCGGUCCGCGAAGCUGUCUUAGAGGUACUUGCACGACUUAGUGCCGUUUGGUCAAAAGAAGAUUCUAUUGCAGCAGCAUCUGAAGAACUUGCCAAGGAAGUAAAAGAAGCAGAAAUUGAGUUGGAACUUUUGAGUCAGGAAAAGUCUCCGCUUAAAACGGAUGGUUCUGAAAACUUACGGGAACGAGGGUCCUUAGGGACUUCCGGGUCCAUUUCAGGAAUUCUCCAAGGAGAUCCAAAAGAGCGGCUGAAGCAACUAAAGACUCAAAUCAUGGCGGAGGAGCACGCCAAAACAUACGCAGCAAUAGCUGCUCGUCGAGAGAAGCAAAGAAUCGCUCGUCGUGAUCGACAGCUGGCUCUGGAAAAAGCAGCAAUUCGAGAAAUCGAGCUUCUACAAGAAUUCGAUAGAGAGAGAGCCGCAGAAGCAGAACGUGACAUAGAAAGACAAAGGACCCUUGAAAAAGAGCGAGCGAAAACAAGGGAAAUGCGUCACAACUUGGAGUUGGAAGCUGAAAGACGGUCUCAGAGAGAGUUUCAGAGAGAGAUGGAGCAAAGAGAGUCAGGUGCCAUGCGAUCGUCUCGGAGAGAGUUCGCUAGCGCUACUACACCAAGCAGCCGGCCGAGGGAGAGGUAUCGAGAAAGAGAACGAGAGAGUGGACGCACAGGUCAGGAUGGAGGCACUACACCCCGGCCCAGUGCAGCCGGAGGCGGUGCUAUGCGGGAGAGUGGCACGACGCCUCCUGCCACGCCAACAGCUGCUGCAAGUACACCAACUGCGGGGGGUGGAAAUAGUAGAUCAUCCUACAACUCUGGAGGAUUUGCGCAAGGUGGUCGUGAUCGUGAUGAUAGGGGAGGAUAUGAGGAGUCAACGGUAGAAGGCAAUGGCUCUAGAGGAGAGAUGGGUGGAGACGGAAAUAAUAAUUUUGGAGAUGUCGAAGGAGGUGGAUCCGGUCUAGAAGCUGGAUCAGCCGGAAAUUUAGCCAGUGGACAUAGGCAAAGUGGACCUAGAACCACUCGACCUACUAGACAAAUAGUGGAGCGACGGGAGAGAGAUGGUAGAAGAGAAGGAAAGUGGGAGAGAAAGCAAACGUGAGUCAAUCCUUCUAAAUUUUAGUUGCUGGAUCAAACCCAUGGAUUGGAUCAGUCCUUCUUAACUAUUGUACAACUCUUUUGUUCGCCUUUGACAACAUCCUAAGCAUCUCCUACCCUGAGCAUGGACUGAGUCUAUUGUGUAGCAAUCUUUCGCCUCUUUCAAAAGACUUCUCGGGUAAUGUCGUCAGGAACAUCAAAUUAUUUAUUCCUUACUUAGUCGAUAAGUAUUAGUCAUAAUUUUUGUGUAUCAGGAGCGAGAUUUGAGAAUUCGACGUGAGUUGAAAGUGUGCAUCUAUCUAUUGGCAAGCAUUUCAUAGUGAGUCCACCUCCAGAACGCAACGUGAUGCAACUAAAGCCAACACAAAAUUGUGGAGCUACCAUUAUGAUGCAUCCUUCUCAACGAUUGGGAGAUUAACUACCACAAUCUGGUAACUUUUAAUGGGCUUGAGAGAGUGGAAUUAUCAAAGUGACUCAUUCGAGUCAUUUUCUUUGUACUGAUAUG